AGGUGUGAAGGUGACAGCAGACUGGGGAAGAACACUGAGUCAAGGACAGGGCUAACGAGGACGAAUGCAGGGCAGGUGUAGUAACAGAGUGACAGAAAACCAAAACCCAGAAAACACAAUACUCUAAAUCACAACCCAGCAUAAAUCAAACCAUCACAGAAUUACAUAAACUUGAACACACACACUACAAGCUAACUACUAAUGCAGUCCUCUAAACCCACCACUCAAACCGUAACAAGCAAAAUCAUAUGACCAGGAUUUGACAACAGAAAUGUAACACAUGAAACCCCGAAGAGCACAAAAACACAAAGAGUCCAAAAAACACACAAAGUCCAGGCAGGAUGUGAUAAAUACACUAUAGCUCUUACUUUCAUAUCUGAAGCAACUGAAGUCUGAAGGCCUACAUUUGAACUUAAGCUCUAUUGAGCCGGCAAUAAAUCGUUGCAGUGCACCUACACUGCAAAGCAAGUGGUGCUUUUUUUCUGUUGAGUGGAAAUUUCAUGCAGGCGUAAGUGGAACAGAAUUGAGUGGUUUGAAAAGAGGAGGAGGGAAAACCCAGCAGUUCUUCAGAAGUUCAGUGCAGGUAAUAAGCACUUGUCCUUAAGUCUUCCCACUCAGCCUGGGCUCCAGCCCCACUCCCCUUCAGCUUGGCAGGGAGGGCUCCUUCCACCAGAAUCUCAGAGGUGAUCUAAUGAUUCCUGUUGUAAAGCCAUCGCACGCCGGUUUCUACACCUGCCAGAGUGCUCAUCAACAACCAGCAGUACAAAGUCAGCCGAGCCAUCCUGCAUCCUGGUGUCCAGACCCAGCUCAAACUACAACUACCACUGUGCCUGACAUCUCCAUGACCUCUGAGCCAGGGUUGAGCAGCAGCAGCAGCAGCAGCAGCACUGUUCACACUCCUACACUUAAGCCACCUGUGAUUGUCUCACCACUGAACGGAACAAUAUUUGAAAGUCCGCAUGGUUCAGGACUGGAACUGUUUUGCAUGGUGCUCACUGGAUGUCAAGCUGCAGAUUCCACUGUGGUCACAUGGUUGGUCAAUGGCCAAUCAGUGGAGUCAUCGUACCUUGAUGGACGGGCUCUGCAGGGGGCAAGGAGGCACACUAGGGUGUCUGAAGGGUGCCAGAUUGAGUUAAGGCUGAUUGUUGUAGCGAUGACAGAAGAAGACAUACAGACGGAGCUGAAAUGUGUUACUCAGAACGAAGGAGGGAGACAGGAAGUCGUCACACAGCUUCAACUAGAGGACUCCACGUUUACAUGGGUGGUGGUAGCUACAGUGGCGGUGUCCUGCUUCCUGACUGUAGUUUCUGUCUUUCUCUAUGUGCUCUUAAAACCUAAAAGGAAAAAGAAAAUGGAUUACUUCCUGGCUCGGCAAAACAGCACCUUCUAAUUCUGCCAGUGUACACACUCAUUCCACAAGGAAAAGACCCUCUUAAUGUAUUUGCAGUUGCAUCAAUAGAGCGUUUUCCUGCAGCAUUUGGUGUCAUGCAGUAGCAUUAGCAGUGGUUGGUGUUCAACUCUUGCUACAGAGAUUCAAUGUAGAAUCCAGUGUUUUUAAAUCAGUAGCUGCUCAUGCUGUUACCCACUGUCCUCCAUUUCCUUAUCCAUGAAUGAGCAUUACACAAGGAACUUUUGAUUCAUAUUAUUUGUACUAAUGUGGUAAUUACAUUUGGUUUCUUUAUACAGUUUCAGUCAUUGUAAGUUUCCUUUCAUGAGAUACAGAUACUUUCAAGAUACAGAAAUAUCCUACUUAAAUCUAAUAUAGAAUCACCAAACUGAGGCCGCUCACUGACACAGAAGUUGUAAUAUCUGGUCAAAUUCAGUAAAGGCUUCAACAAAGGCUACAUCUGCAUAUACUGUACAUAUAUACAAAACUUUCAUGUCAAAUCAUUUCAUUUCUUUGUUUUUGUUUGAGUGUUCCAAAAUUCAAACACUCCAUAAGAGAGUUAUAUAUACAGUAUGUAUAAGUGCAAUAUAUUUUUGUAGUUGAAAAGUGUUAAGACAAUUUGAUACAUAACUGCUCUAUCAAACGUAUUUGACGAUGUUGCUGAUCUGACUGCUCUGGCAAUUCUAAAAUCUAACAAUACAUCAUUAUAUGUGGUUAUUGCAUAUAAGACAUUGUUCGGUAAAGUAAGUAGAGCUAACAAAUAAUAGUUAUUAGGGUAGAAAGUACAAUCUUUUCCUCUGAAACACAGUGGAAUAAAUGUAUAUUGCCUUUAAAAUGGAAAUAUUCAAUAAAGUGCUGGAAUAUGUACUGUACCUAAGA